GUUGUAUUUGUUGAAACUUGAAAAGGAAGGCCCACUUUUUUGUUGCGUCUCCAUUUUCUCAGAACCAUGGCGGCGGCGAUAUGGAAAUACCGGCGAGGCGGUGGGCUGGGAUUCAUCGCCAUAGCCUACAUUGGAGUGGACUACCUCCGCUUCUUCUCGCCACAUUUGCACUCUUGGAUUCAGCCAGUGCUAUGGACGGUCCUGGCAAUUGCAGUCAUCAUCCGCGUUCCCUUCUACAAGCACUGGCCAUCUGAGCUUCGCUCUGCGCUUCCCUUCGUCUUGUCUAUAGUCUUCUUACUCUCCGCCCUCCUCAUUGAAGCCAUUUCAGUCCGUUCUGUCACUGCCGUGCUCGGCCUGGAUUGGCACAAUGAAACAUCGCCUCUUCCUGAUGUUGGCCAGUGGUUACUUCUGGCAUUGAAUGAAAAGCUACCUCAAGUAAUGGUUGACAUAUUGAGGGCUGAUAUAAUUGGAUUGCAUCAUUUUCUGAUGCUGUUUGUGAUGCUUGCCUUUUCUGUACUGUUUGAAUCUGUUGAAGCUCCUGGUCUUGGGCUGGGAGCAAGAUACUUGUUCACAAUGGGUUGUGGGCGUCUUUUGAGGACCAUUGCAUUUGUUUCUACAAUUUUGCCAUCUGCAAGACCUUGGUGUGCACAGUCUCGGUUUCAUGUUCCUUAUCAUCCUCACCGUUGGGCUCAGAAGUAUUAUACUCCGUAUGCCAAAGAUUCUCAAGCUAUACGCCAAGUCAUUAGCUGGGAUACUGCAUAUGCUAACCUGGGAGAUUACAAAGCAGAAUUUCGGCCCAAUUGGGGGGUAAUGAGCUUCCUUAUUGAUUUCUUACGACCUACAUCCCAAGAGGGAUCAUCUUCGUGGUACCAUUUGUUGAAGAAAGCUGGAGGUGGCUGUAAUGACCUCAUAUAUAGCGGCCACAUGCUUGUUGCAGUACUGACCACUAUGGCAUGGACGGUAUGCCUCCUUGACAUUUGUUAUCCUACCAUAUUCUUCUUGUGCUGUGCUGCUAUUUAGUGAGUGAAAGUUGCAUUCCAUUUCAUUUGGCAAGGAAGCGUACGGUGGAUAUAGCUCAGCAAUUGUGUGGUGUCUUUUGCUGCAUAGUGCCCAAAGAGAAAUAAGGGAACGCCACCAUUACAGUGUAGAUGUGGUUGUGGCCUUCUACAUGGGCAUAUGCUUAUGGAAACUGAUAGGCCUAUUCUGGCCAGUCAAAGACAAGUCAAAAAACAACAGGCUCGUUAAGCUGGAGAAGAUACAUGGCGGGUUAGUGCAAGCAGCUAAGGACUACAACAUGGAUAAAGUUAGAGAGCUCUUAGAAGAAGUAGAUAUGAGUGGGCCCGUUAACCAGAACCCCCCGAACAAAGUAUUGCGGGUUUUUUCAGGCAUGACCAUCAUCUUCACACUGACCAUUGUUAUUCUUGCUUUCACACUGACCAGUGACGGUUGAUCCAUUUUCACCCGACUUUGUGAAUUUUUCCUCUUUGCCAAGUUUGGUUCUAGAGUGCACUAUGGAUGUUGUAGAAGUGUGUCAAUUGAUUGUCGCAGAUAUAUCAUGUGCAUUGUAUGAAUUUUCAUGUCCCAUUCUCGUGUUGUGAGUCAUGUAACAUAGAAGAAACUCGAUGAAAUGGUGUAACAUUAUUCCUCCAUGACGUACAUGAUAACAGUGUGUUGUGUGCGUUCUUUUUCUCUCUUUGUAAUGCAAUAUGAAACUUUUUAUCACUCUAAAUGUUAUUCUAAUAACAGUUUACUAAGAAUGGAAUCAUUGAAGGUUAUUUGUUUUAGA